AUGGUCAUAUACAAUGAGGAUGAUCCAGGUGAUGAGGUUAUUAAUCGUGUCUCGGUUGGUACGUCCAAAUUUAUUGCUUGGAUGGAGUGCAACAAGGUGUAUGAAUUUGCGACGACGUUAACUUAUGCACAACUUCCUUCUAGAUUUGUAUGGAAUAGACCAAGGAGAAUUGCUCUUGGUAGAAUUACAUACGUACCCAUUGGAGCAGGUGAAGAGUACUAUUUAAGACUUCUGCUUAAUUUAGUCACAGGACCAUGUAGUUUUGACGAUAUAAAAACGGUCAACAAAGUUCUACAUUCUUCGUUCAAAGAAGCUUGCUAUGCAUAUGGAGUAUUGAAUGAUGACAAAAAAUAUAUUGAGGCCAUCAAUGAUGCCGGAUUGUGGCUUUCUGCCAAUUAUCUCCGUCGUCUUUUUGUGAUCAUGCUCACUACUCAUAGUAUAUUCAUUCCUUCUAGAGUUUGGAAUGCUACAUGGCAGGUAUUAUCAGAUGACAUCAUAUAUAAUUACAAAAAGGCUGCUAGGGAUCAAACUGUUAGUCUAUCUGAGGAGCAAGUUAAAGAGUUUUCUCUGGUCGAAAUAGAACUUCUUUUACGUGUAAGUGGGAGAUCUUUAAAAGAAUUCACACCUAUGCCAUUUCCUGAAGAUAUUACUCUGGAGUCACGUGAUAAUCCUCUUAUUCGGGAUGAGAGGAACUACAAUCGUGAAACUCUUAGAGUUAGAAACGAGCAGAUGUUAGCCACUGUAACCAGCGAACAGAGAAGUGUUUAUGAUGAGAUCCUAGAAGCAGUAAAUAAGAACAAGGGAUGUGAUGUUGUUCUUAACGUUGCAUCGAGCGGGAUUGCUGCGUUGCUAUUAGAAGGAGGCCGAAAGGAAUCUAUUGUGGUUAAUAAGUUUACCUUCUGUGCAAUCAAAAAGGAAUCUAAUCUUGCCGAUCUGAUAAGGCUGGUUAAACUCAUUAUAUGGGAUGAGGCGUUGAUGAUGAGUAAAGACUGCUUCGAGACUCUAGAUAGAACAAUGCAUGAUAUAUUAGAAGUUGAUAAGCCUUUUGGUGACAUGGUCAUUGUUUUGGGAGGGGAUUUCAGGCAAAUAUUGCCAGUGAUUCCAAAUGCUGGGAAGACAGAGAUACUUAUGGCCACUUUGAAUUCGUCACAUCUGUGGUACAAAUGUAGAGUGUUGAGGCUUACACAGAACAUGCGACUUAUUGCUGGAGAUAGUAGCCGUGCAAUGCUUGAACGUGCUGCUUUUACAAAGUGGAUCUUAGAUAUUGGUGAUAGAAUGAUAAAUGAUGAUGGGAGUGGUGAAUCCGAGAUUGAUAUUCCCGAUGAUCUGUUGAUUAAAGAGUGUGAAGAUCCUAUAAAAACGAUUGUCAAAGAAAUUUAUGGGAUCGUUUUUCCAAAAACUGAUCCUAAAUUUUUUCAAGACUGUGCCAUACUGAGUCCAAGAAACGAUGAUGUAGAGACGAUAAAUGACUACAUGCUUUCGAAAUUGUCUGAUAUGUUUAUGAUUUAUUAG